AUGUCCUUCAGAAAGCAGUCCUCAGGCAGGAUGCUCUUGCCCUUUGGGCUUGACUAUUCCGACAUUUUGUCGCAGGGUGAGACUACAGAAAAACCAGUCUUGGAGCUUCCUGUGCAUGGCCCUUUGUCCCAAUACGAAGAAGACGUUGCAAAACAGUCUUUAGCAUUUGCCCGUCUUUUGUAUGACGGCCCAUUUUAUACUGGAGCUCCAGAGCAAAAAGGCACGGAGCUGGAGCCCAUACAGCGCUACUCAGACCGUUUCAAAAAACGCAAGAAGGUCUCCAGAUCGAUCGAUGAGUAUCCCUACCAGCUAGAGUUUUUCCCUGAGGAGCUCUACUCGGUGAUGGGCAUCUCCAAGCUGAAGAAGAAGUUGCUUCUAUCGAAGUACAAGAAGGAUGGCGGGCUCAAACAGCUCAAUGUAUCUGAAAAGGACGACUCCGCAGAGUCGAUGCUUGAAAAACUCAAGAGUCUAGCUGAGGAUCUAGAUGCCGAUCCGGCUCCACAGAACGAGCAGGAUGAGGUGGAAGAGGAGGAUCACGAUGACGAGUACGAGGAGGACGAUGACGACGACUAUAACGCCGAGAAGUACUUCGACGGUGGAGACGAUGAUCUAGGGGAUGAUGGCGACGAUGAGGCCGCCUUUUAA